AUGGCCAAGCAUCAGAUGAAAGCUCAAGUCAUCGAAGCCUUCAACAGUCCCUAUGUAAUCAAGGAUGUCCCAAAACCAGAGAUCGAAGACGAGAACGAGGUCCUCCUCAAACUCCACGCAGCUGGCUACUGCCACACAGACGGAAUGAUGUGCUCAGGACAAUGCAAGCCCGAUCCACCGAAGUUCCCACACAUCAACUCGCAUGAGAUUGCGGGGGAGAUUGUGGCGCUGCACAGUAAGCCUUCGAAAUACGCUCAGGAGUACAAUAUUGGAGAACGAGUGAUUUCGACCGGAAGGCCAUUUCAUCCUUGUGGAAAGUGUUUCGAAUGCCUCGACACUACAAGACCGGGCUACGACGAUGGUUAUUCGAUCGUCUGCCCGCAUUGCAGCUUCAAUGGCAUGAGCAAAGAUGGUGGCUUCGCUGAGUAUGUUGUGGUUGACGCGAGACAAGUGGCUAGGAUUCCGAACAAUGUCAAAGCCACUGAUGCUGCUCCUUUGAGCUGUGCUGGAAUCACGAUCUACGGUGCUCUCAAGAAGGCCGCUCUCCAACCUGGACAGCGAGUCGCUAUCAUUGGUGCUGGAGGGGGUCUGGGACAUCUUGGUUUGAGGUUCGCCGAUGCCAUGGGGUACCGCACGAUCGGAGUGGAUGCUGCUGAUGGACCGUUGGAUCUCGCAAGGUCACUGGGAACGAAAGCUGACAUUGUUGAUGCUCGAACAACUAAAGUCGAGGAGCUGAAGACAAGAUUAGGACAAGAGGAUGGCAAAUCUGUGCGCGAAGAGAUGGGCGUUGACGCUGCAGUUAUUCUGGUCGAGAACCAGAAAGGCUUUGAUUUCGGGUUUGACCUCGUCAAAAACCAUGGUCCUUGCGUAGUCGUCUCAUAUGCUGAAGCUGGCUUUCGAAUAUCUUCCCGAGACCUCGUGUACAGAGACAUACGAGUCGUUGGUACUAUCCUCGGAUCGAUCAAGAUGCUGCAGGAAAUGAUGGAUCUGGUUGCGAAGAACGACAUUCGACCGGUGACGACUGUCUUGCCUUUUGAAAAGUUGAACGAGUUGGUCGAGGAGUACAACAAGGGCAAGGGUGGAAAGUUUGUCGUUGAGAUGGCUUUACAAUGUCAAUAG